AUGAUAGCAGCCAAGGCCCCCUCGCUAAAACUACGCUUCCGGAAUACCCGUGGCGUUCCAUCCCGCCAAUCCAGUGCUUGUAUCACCUGCAGAUUUACAAUUGCAACUUGCAUAAAUGUUCAGCCGUUCAUGGGAUUCAGGGACAGGGCGGGAAGUGCGAGGAGGCCGAUCAAAUUCAUGACAACGAUCCGAGCAACCAAUUUCCCCACUCGCUCUGGCACUGCAGACUGUAAUUCUUAUUUUGCUACAAUUGUCACUCCACCGGUAUCAACAUCUUGGUACGACUCAGAAUACACAGUCUAUGACUACACAGAAGUGAUAACAGAAACCAUCACUACGACUCUAACCACCGCCACAACCACCAUCCUCCCCGAUGUUGGCAGUCAAACUCUCGAAAAGCGAGAUGAGCCCAUAACCAACACCGCAACCUCAAUCCCGUCUUAUGCAAGUCCGUGUUCCGGUUCAAUCCGCUAUUCAAGCGCCUGCUCCUGCAUCGGAGCCACCCAUACCGUGACCACAGUCGAAUCUCCUAUAAGAGUGCUGGAAAACACAAUUUAUAUCACCAUACCAACUCUUACAACGACUACAACAAUCACGAAAACUUCUACCGUUCAAACCGUCGCCACAGGCUUCGCAAUCAGAGUCUCAGCUACAAAUUUUUGGAACGGCCAAUACCUUCUAGUACCCCCUACCGAAAAUAACGGUAUAGAGCUAUCAUUUACAUCGGGAACCAACCCCGCAAUUCCACCUACAAUCUUUACUCUCACUCCCGGUGGUGCUUUAUCCAACGGCACGAAUAGCAUUUACCUUCUAACACCUGGCGGGCUUCCUUACGCCGCAGGUUAUCUCUUCGCUAUUAAACCCCCUUCUUCAAACCUACUAUUAAGCUGUAGAAUCGAAGAACCUAGCGGAGAGAUAAAAUGCGAAAAUGGUGAAUUCGGAAGGUUUGUGACUUGUUCGACUUCAAUCAUGUAUGGCAGGACUACUCGUACAUUGGCUGAAUACCCGUGCCUGCAAAGAUUUUUGGCGGAAGUAAGGUUAUUCGCUGUGUGGCCCCCUUAUUAG